UUCGCCGACACCGGCUGCAGACCAUGUGACACGUGAUCGGCCCAAUCGGAAGAGCGGGCGGGUCCCGGGAGAACACGGCGGAGCUGCGGCGGUUAAGGCCAUGAUCCGACAGUUUGUUCUCCUGUGUCUGGCCACUGGCCUGGCCUCAGCUGUCUGUCCAGAUGGAUCUACCUGCCCAUACGGAACAACCUGUUGUAAGAAGCCGAAUGGUGGUUAUACCUGUUGUUCUCUCCAUCAGUGGAAAGAAGCAAAAGCCACCCCACUUGUUCAGGCGGGAACACCGAAUGCAGUGACUGAAAAUAUCUGUCUGGAUAAUAUUGAAUGUCCCCCUGAAUACACUUGUAUGCCCACGUCAAAAGGCUUUUAUGGCUGCUGCCCAUUCACUGAGGCAACUAUUUGCAAGGAUUGGGAGCAUUGUUGCCCAAAGGGAUAUGAAUGUGACCUGAUUGAAGCCAAAUGCAAAAGAACUGGAGCAACGGAAGACAAGUUGCCAUUGAUUUCUGCAGUAGACAACUUGCGAACUGGUGAUAGUGAGCUCUGUGGCAAUAUGACCUGUUCUGGGGGAUACACCUGUUGCAGCUCGAAGAACUUUGGCUGGGGUUGCUGUCCUAUAAAAGAUGCAGUAUGCUGUGAUGACCACUACUGCUGUCCAAAAGAUUUCAAAUGUGAUAAAGCAAAAAAAACCUGCAUCAAACCUGUUGAUGAGAAUGAAAAAGCAAUUAUUUGCCCAGAUGGAGGGUCCGAGUGUCCUGAUGGCUCAACAUGUUGCAUACUUCCAAACCAGCAGUGGGGGUGCUGCCCCUUAGAAAAGGCUGUGUGCUGUGAGGAUCGUUUGCACUGCUGCCCUUCUGAAACGAGAUGUGAUCUGAAACAGUCCAAGUGUGUGUCUCGAUUUGGUAUGACGGAAAUGUGGAAAAAGUUUCCGGCUUUCAGGAGAUUUACAAUGAAGGAUACUAAAGUUCAAUAUGUGUGGUGCAACGAAACAGUGUUCUGCCCUGAUAAUAAUACUUGCUGUAAGCUAGCUUCAGGAGACUUUGGAUGCUGUCCUGCACCAAAGGCAGUUUGCUGCGAAGACCACGUACAUUGUUGUCCUCAUGGCUUCAAAUGUGAUUUGGAAGGACACUGCUACCAGAGGGGCAUCUCUAUCCCCUGGAUGACCAAGACUCCAGCUAUUGUGCAAGUUACAGUGAGGGAUGUCAAGUGUGAUGAAACCAAGAGCUGUCCUGACAAUCAGACAUGCUGCAAGGGCCUUUCAGGAGAUUGGGCAUGCUGCCCCAUUCCACAGGCAAUUUGCUGUGAAGAUCAUAUACACUGUUGUCCCAAUGGCUACACAUGUGAUGUUCAGGAAGGAUUAUGUAAGAAGAAGGAUUCUUUCAUUCCCAUGGUCCUGAAGUUGACAAGCAGUAUGGAAAAAAUGAAGACAGUUUGCUGCAAAGACCACAUACAAAGACCAGAUUGUUGUCCUAAGGGCUUCAAAUGCAAUCCUGAUACUGGAGAUUGCUAUAAGAUGGGCAUCUCUAUCCCCUGGAUGACCAAGACUCCAGCUAUUGUGCAGGGUACAAUGAGGGAUGUCCAGUGUGAUGAAACCACAAGCUGUCCUGACAAUCAAACAUGCUGCAAGAGAUCUUCAGGAGAUUGGGCAUGCUGUCCCAUUCCCCAGGCAGUUUGUUGUGAAGAUCAUAUACACUGUUGUCCCAGUGGCUACACAUGUGAUGUUCAGAAAGGAAUAUGUGAGAUGAAGGAUUCUUCCAUUCCCAUGGUCCUAAAGCUUACAAACAGUAUGGAAAAAAUGAAGGACGAGAUCUGUGAUGAUGGUACAAAAUGCCCAUCAGGGAGCACUUGCUGCAAAAAUAAUGCUGGCGGCUGGAGCUGUUGCCCUUUAUCUCAGGCAGUUUGUUGUGACGAUCAUGUUCAUUGUUGUCCCAAUGGCUACAUAUGCGAUGUUCAGGCUGGAGUCUGUCACAAGGGCAAUAUUUUCAUUCCCUUGGUCCCAAAGAUACCAAAUGUUGUGAAAGGUGGAGCAGCUGAUGUUCAGUGUGAUGACAAAGUUACAUGUGAAACAGGCACCACCUGCUGUCGAAAUCCCUUAGGAGGUUGGUCCUGCUGCCCCUAUCAACAGGCAGUUUGCUGUGACGACAAACUACACUGCUGUCCUAAUGGCUAUAUUUGUGAUGUUGAGCAUGGACAGUGUCUGGGGCAUGCUGUAUCUAUCCCUUGGACCACCAAUGAAGCAGCUACCAUGAAAUUUCUGGAGAAGAGUGAAGCAUUUGGUACCAAAUGUGAUGACACUAUGACCUGUCCAACAGGCAAUACCUGCUGUAAACAGCGCUCAGGAGCCUGGGGUUGCUGCCCUCUGACUCUGGCAGUGUGCUGCGAGGAUCAUGAGCACUGCUGUCCACAUGGCUACACCUGUAAUGUGAAGGCUGGAACUUGUGAAAAGCAAAGCCUUUCUGUACCUUGGGAGGCCAAACGUUCGCCCCUCUCUGAUAAAAAAUGUGACGACACAUUCCACUGCCAAUCUCCAGCCACGUGCUGUAAAAUUUCUUCAGGGGGCUGGGCGUGCUGUCCAUACGAACAAGCUACCUGCUGUGAAGAUAAGCUGCAUUGCUGCCCAAAAGGCUACGCCUGUAAAGAAAAAGCAUGUGUACUGCGGCCUCAGCUGAGAUGGGACCUGUUUUUUCCAAAGAAGAAAAAAGCCUUCAGUACCCUGUGACGUGCUUGUGCCUUUAACCUAAUUGAGUUGUGUAAUGCACCAAAGCAAAAUGCUACAGUGUGAAAUCUUGGGAAUUGUACGAAAGGAAAUUCUGAGUUACUUUUGUAUGUCAAGUCCUCUAAAUCAAGUCUAAAGCAAAUUCUCAAAAUAGCAAAGAAAUGUCUUGAGGCAAAAAAAGUCAGGAUUUUUAAAGUCCUUUGAAUAUUUUUCUUGAAAGAUUUUAAUUUUUACUAUAAGAUAGUUUUUUGGGAACUGCUUCUGUAAACUGUAUUGAUUCUGUUUUUAUGCAUUACAUGGAUGUUGAAGGUAAAAUUGCACCAAAUUGUAACCCAACUGCUUCAUUCUCUUCUAAAUUGGGAACUUGGAGGUUAAUUAGCCAUCUCAUUGUGAAGAAGUGAAACAAGCAAAGACCCCACUUGAUCAAUUUGUAACCCAAUUGGAGAUUGGUUUUAUUCAAACAUACUUAGUCAUCAAUUUGAAUAUCUUUUAUUUGUAAAACAUUGAGAUUAGUCUGUAACUCCAUUGUGAGACUUUUAUUCAAUGUGCACUGAGUAUGUUUCUCAGGGUAUUAAUUACACUUAAAUGUUAAAUUCAAUAGGAGCAUUGAAGCAUUUGAAAAUUAAAGUGAACCCAGCCAUGGUGAACCCAGUACACCCACUGGUUUGGGAGAGGAGAGGAAACAGUUGUUUUUUUUCUCAACUUGGUUCCCUGGGUUAUUGGACACUCCCUGUCGGAUAGACCUGAUAGGCCUUGGUUUUCUACGCACUCCCAAAGCAUUUUCCUUUAUCUGUGGAUGUGGCUGUUGAACUUGUAUGUACACACAUACAGCUGCCACUAACUAGAUGUGUCAUUAAAUGAAUCAUAAAGUGAUCUGAUCUCUUUCCUGGCACAUCUGAGUAGCACUUCUCUAAACUAAACUCCAAACCAACCUCAAAACAGUAAUAUUUUCUUAGCAAAAUAAGGCAACAAGUAAAUUUUAGAAUCACCCUUAAAAUAUGAUCUUUUGAGAUAGUACUUAAAACAUCUUAAAUCGUUAAAUAAUUUAAAAAAUGAAUUGAUUUCAGAAAAUUACUAACAUGCUUAACUAUUUUCUUUAGUGUCUAUUAAAUGGUAAAAUAACCUCUGACAUUUUCCUAACUACUUUCAUUAGGAUUUGUAGAUUCUUUCAGGUGCAUCAAUUCUAGUGCAUCCAUUCUUUUGUUGGUUUUACUGGACUGUUAUCUCAGUCCAAUUUUUAAAAAAAUAUUUGGGAGGCAAAAGAUUUGCCAAGUUUUUUUUUAAAAGGGUGUUAGUUGCUUGCAGGAUUAACAGAAGACAGCUUCAAUGAGGUGACGGUAGUCAUAGUGAUGAUUAAAAUAGACAAGCAGUCUGCAAGCUGUCUUUUCAAACUUCUUGUUUUGUUCUCUGGAAGGCUAUCUGAAAUUGUGCAGUAUGUUACAUUCAUUUGUAAUAAAUUGAUUUGUUUGUAAUUUACUAUUAUCAUGAAUGUACGGAUUCAAACGUCUAGUCUUGCACAAUCUGGGUGAGGUCAUACUGUACUGCUGAACCAGUUAUGGAAUAACUUUAUUUUAUCAUUAAUUUUUGAUUAUUCUUUCUGAACUUUCCUGAUGGAACUUGUGUGGAAUGAGAGAGGGGAUUUCUUGAGCAAAUAUUUGAACAGUUUGUCUCGAGUAUUAUCAAAAAUUGAUUUCUCACUAUGGUAUAAAUUUCUGUGGUAGCUUAUGCAUUUAUAUAAUCGACUUAAGAAAACUGGUUCUGUUUUGAAAUUCUUUGCAUCAACUGCACAUCUUAUGCACACCAUCGUUCCAGACUGGAUUACCAAUGAAAACCAUUUCACUGUGUCAUCCUUUCAUUGAUCAAAUUGCAAUGGUUGAAAGUUUCAUUUUCUCAUUGAAUGAUUGAAAGGAUAGCACUGCAAUAUUGCUUUGACAUCACUUGAAAGGGAAUUCUUGCAGCUAAUGAUGUAAAUCAAAUUGCGCAAUUAUCUUUUUGAAUGUUUGCUAUAAAUAAAAGAAAUUGAAAUAUUGUUUAAACAAA